AUGCGUCGGUGGUCGGGGGCACUGAUCGUCUUCCUCUACAUUUAUUCACUGCUAGCACUUCCGCAUCCGCAGGACCCCUCGAGCCAAUACCGCAACAAUCUGAUCGCCGAGCACUCACGAAAGACAUUUCGCGAAACAGACGCCGAAGAGACGAUUCAAUCGAUUCUCGACGAUAUUCCGGAAGCGACUGCCGAUACAUUUUCGACGCGACAACAGCCAAUCACGGAGCCGUUGAAGCAUUUUGCGAACGACUUUGCAGAGAGCGCGCGAGAAAAUUUAGAAAAGGGGGAAGAUGCGAACAUUUUCAAAAAGCUCUGGUACGAUCCGGACUACAAAGUCCAUUCUCUAUGUGAGCCGCACAGUUCUGGCAACCAGAACGAGCAGCUUGUUUGGACAGAAUCUGGGGAUCGGCUGCUCAAAGUCAUUGGAAACGGGGUUGUCAAGGAUGGGUACAAUAUGUUUAUGGCGCCGAAUCAAGCGAGGGGAAAACGUACAGAUGUCUACGUAGCGAUGUAUAUCGAAUCCAUGUCGUCAUUUAAGGCUCAGACGAUGGAUUUCGAAAUGGACAUGUACCUGGCGAUGGGCUGGUUUGACCGUAGACUCGCCCAUAAUUGUACGCAUCCGAUUCUGGUGACGAGCAAGGUGAUCGCUGACCGCAUCUGGCACCCAGAUCUCUAUUUUGUCAACUCAAAAUUUGCAUAUCUACAGGAGGUGACAACCCCCAACUUCAUGGUGGUCGUCUACCCAGACGGGUUGGUGUUCAAAUCGGUGCGCGUGGAUGUGACCCUGUCGUGUAUGCUGGAGCUACGACUCUUUCCAAUGGACUUCCAGGAAUGCCCGAUUACCAUACAAAGCUAUGCCUUCAUCGAAAACAUUGUCAAACUAAAUUGGCAUAUUGAUCGACCGCAUUUUCCGAUCGGGUCUAAUCAGGCGAUAAAGCUAAACGAUAUGGUAAUUGUUCGGACAAGAUUCGAAGACUGUUCCGGGGCAUACCCGAUGUUUCGCGGCAGCUGCAAGAACGAGAGCUGCUACGCCAACUGGUCGUGUAUCCAGGCGUUCAUCGUGAUGAAACGGCUCGUGUUGUUUCAUAUUAUCCAGACGUAUAUUCCGACGGGUGAGGAUUUGAAAGCGAUAAAGAUUGCC